ACAAGAAGACCCUAUUCCAGCCAGUUCCCUCGACUCAGGUAUUAUGUUUAUGUCGCAUACUCGUCGUUACCUGCGCCUUUCCCUCUAGUCCAAGAAAAGCGAUGAUGGCUUCCAGCGUCCCAGAAUUGCCCCAAGCAAUCAAUCUGUGCAAUCUGCUCCCCUCCGUCACUGAACCCUCCCGGAAGCGUAGGUAAUUCGCCCAGUCCACGCCAAAGGCCUGCAGUCACAAAAGCAUUGCCUGAGCUGAAGAUGCCUGCCUUCAAUAUCCGAGCUUUGGCCUCGCGUGCCACCCAGCGACUAGCCGAAAAACGUCCGAGUCCUGAGGUUGGUCGCGGUACUGCGGCUCUGAACGGCGCUUUCACCACAGAACCCGCGCCAGCAGACGUUCUUGAAGUCGGGUCGAUGAGAUCUCAGUCACACAGCGAAGGGCAUGGCCCCAAGCCGAGGAUGAGUCGGUUCUUGGCAAAGAUCCGAGGGAAGUUCACAAAGCACCUUGCUAAGGGGGAAGCAAUGGAUGAGCCUUGUGCGAGCUGCCUCGAUAUCAUGCCUGCUGAGUGUUUGAUAAGCAUGCCUUGUCAGCAUAAGUAUUGCAGCCGGUGCUUGAAGCAAAUGGUGUUUACAGUCAUGCCGGAGGAAAAGCUGUUCCCACCCAGAUGCUGCAAGCAGAGGAUCCCGACCGAGGUCAUUCUUUCCGUAUUGACGCCGAAGGAAAGAGGACUUUGCCUGUCCAAGAUGCAGGAGUAUGCGACGCCCUUUGCGGAACGCUGUUAUUGCCCUGCAGCAGCGUGUGGACGAUUCAUACCCCCGAAGUAUCUGAGCAGCAAGUCCUCAUCGCAGAGCUGUCCGUACUGCAGUACGGCAUUCUGUUCCUCCUGUCGAUGCCCUGGACCCACCACCAAAGGCCACUUCCCGGAGCCUGGAUUGGUGGCGGUCUUUGAGGAUCCGCUCCUUGGGAAAGGGCAAAGGGGGUUCAAAUGUGGUUCCUUGGUGGACCUUCUAUUUAAUUGUGACCAUGUUACGUGUAGAUGCAAGGCGCAGUUCUGCAACAACUGUCACAAUCCUUGGCUAUCUUGCACCUGUGCUAAGCCAGGCCAACGGCCUAUUGAUUUCCUGACCUUCAUUAUUGGCCACAGUGGAGUGAAUCGAGAUCAAGAGGCCGAGCUUGCCGCCGUGGUGGCUGCCAUACUUUGUAACGAAAGGGUGCGGGACGAAGAAAUGGCAAAAACCCAAGGCAUGGAUAAGGCCAGACAUCUGUGCAGAGAUAGGGGUGGUUUGCUGAGGGCGCAGCAGACUCGCACUAGGAAGGCUUCCUAAGACUCUCUUUUCUUUGAAGCAUAUCUCAUCGGAUUAGCGAAUACGAAAUUGCGCGCACUUUCCUUACAUCGAUUGUCUAUGCUCGUUUCCUCUCAUAUGUUCAUAAAUUCACAAGCAAAUUGCAGAUCUGGACAUAUGUCUUGUUCUUUCCCUAAAAUAACAAAGGGUAUACUUUUGUCAAUACCCUGGCGGUUGAGUGUAUACGGCCUGGACCCCGAAACGCCAUAAAAAAGG